AUCUCAUUAAAACUUCAUUUUAGAUUAAUGAUCCAUGAAAAUGGCACUAAGUUAUGGUAAAGUGUUUAUACAAGGUCAACAUAAUAUUUUAAACUAUUAUUUGGAGUAGUAAUACGGAUUACAGUUGUAAUUUUAGUUCGAAGAUUUUGAAUAUCUCGAAGGUUACGAAGAAUUUGAUUUGUUUGAUUAGUGGCGCCGCCUGGGAGGCAGUCGUUUGUUUGAUACGUUUGGUUGUGCGCGAGCACACAGUGCAGUGCGCAUGCGCACUCCAUGCGCGCAGUUAACAACUGUCCGCCGUUCCUGUCCGAUCAGUGCAUGUCUGCCCGUGCGAUAUUUACAUCAUCCGCAACUCGCGUGCGGCCGUGCCGUGCAUAAUCCACCCCCGGAGGAAGAACAGACAAUCCGCGCCGUGUGCAUUCCGCGAUCGCACGCGUUGCGCUUCGCACUUGUUUCGCGUCCGUUGCACGCGUCGCCAAGAAUCCGCAACCGGCCCCGCGGGUCUUCUGUGUGAGUGGUGCGCGCGUUAACCCAGAGUGGUGUCUAUUGGAAUCCCAAUUGCGUUCGACGUCGAUAGUUGAACGCUCGCGAUCGGCGCUUGUUUUUUCGUUUGUUGAUUUGGUGCGCGGCGAGGAUGAGCCCGCAACGCGCCUGUAACAGUGCAUACAGUGUGUCGCCGCAAGUUGUGCACGAGUCUCGGAUGUAAAUGGAAACAAUCGCGACUCGCAGCAGCGCACAACAAUAUUGUGAACAGCUACAGCAGGAGUUAUAACCAAGCCUUCGAACCCCAAGUCAUGUCGGGCAGCUUGAUGAGCGCCGCCGAGCAGGAGCACAAGUCUCCACGCGAGAGCGGCGAGGACUCUGAGGAUGAAAGCGAAAUUCUCGAAGAGAGUCCAUGUGGACGGUGGUUGAAACGACGUGAAGAGGUAGAACAGCGAGAUGUGCCUGGCAUCGACAGCGCCUACCUGGCGAUGGACACCGAGGAGGGCGUCGAGGUGGUGUGGAAUGAAGUACAGUUCUCCGAGAGGAAGAACUUCAAGGCGCAAGAGGAGAAGAUCCAGCUCGUCUUUGAGAAUCUCACCCAACUCGAGCAUCCGAACAUUGUCAAGUUCCAUCGCUACUGGACGGACACACACAACGAUAAACCCAGAGUGAUUUUCAUAACGGAAUAUAUGUCCUCUGGCUCACUGAAACAGUUCCUGAAGCGCACCAAACGCAACGUGAAACGACUUCCACUGCAAGCCUGGCGUCGAUGGUGCACGCAAAUUUUAUCAGCUUUAAGUUAUUUGCAUUCCUGUUCACCACCGAUCAUCCACGGAAAUCUGACCUGUGAUACCAUAUUUAUUCAGCAUAACGGGCUCGUCAAGAUCGGAUCAGUUGCCCCCGAUUCGAUACAUCAUCAUGUAAAAACGUGUCAGGAAAACAUCAAAAACAUGCAUUGUGCACCUGAAUAUGGCACAAUCAUGGGUCCCGCCAUCGACAUCUACUCGUUUGGUAUGUGCGCGUUGGAAAUGGCCGCACUGGAAAUCCAAGGCAAUGGGGACUCCGGUAAUCUCGUCACCGACGAGAACAUCAAUCGAACCAUCGACUCGCUGGACGACACCCAUCAGAAGGACUUCAUCCGGCUCUGUCUCAACAAGAACCCGACGAAGCGGCCUACCGCGCGCGAGCUACUCUUUCAUCCGCUACUCUUUGAGGUGCACAGUUUGAAACUCCUCGCGGCGCACGCAUUAGUUAAAAGUGCUGCUAACAUAUCUGAAACAGUGUCAGAUGAGUCCUUGCAGAAAUUUUAUGGUUCUGAAACUGUGAUAGCCGAGAUCCAAUACAAGAAUCAGCAUCAUCCGCCCGUGCAGACGCGCGUUGUGGACGUGCCCGUCAGCGAAAAGCUGGAGAAAUUCAUCGAGGAUGUCAAAAAUGGAAUAUAUCCACUGACUGCAUUUGGUGCUAAACAACCCCCUCCGGCGCGAUCGAGGGCGAUAUCGCCGGAAAUGGCAGUGUCGGAGAAAUCCGUUACGCCGGAACCGAUGGACGUCGAGGCGCGCAAGAUCGUCACAAUGAUCUGCCUGAAAAAGCGCGUCGACGUCAAGACGACGAAGGAGGAGAACGAGGAGACGACGUUAACUAUUGUACUCAGGAUGGACGACAAAAUGAACAGGGAGCUGACGACAACGCUGUCGACGACCGAUACACCGGCGGCGCUUGCGCACGACCUAGUGCAUUAUGGUUUCAUCAAUGAAUCCGAUCAAGUAAAAGUGUCGACCGCAAUCGAAGAGUCCAUAUUAAACGGCUCGGGUCACAGCAGUCCGACGCAUAACUUCUCCUACCUGCCCGCCGGAGCGGCGGCGGCGGCGACGGUGGCCGCUGCUGUCGCCGCACAACAACAGCCGCCGCCGCCGCUGUGUCAAUUGUCUUCGACGCCGUCGUCGCUGGUAACGGCCGUCACAUCGACGCCUACGCAAGUGCCCAUGCACUCCACUAGUUAGUAGAUACUGCCACUUAUUCCUUUUAUAAUUAUUACUAUCCCGUUUUUAAAUAACGAUAAGUUACGCCACAGACAGUGUCUCGAAACAAACUAAUUCGAAGUAGAGGCGGCGCGCAUCACGUCCGUUGUUCGCCAACAUUCAGGCUCAUCUAACAUCUUAAAACCUAAACUAGAUUUGUAUCUAUUGUCAUCAAGUUCUUCGAAUUUAGCAGUCGCAUUGCAAGCUAUUAUGAAUGAAUAGACUACGAAUUUAUCGAUUUAAUCCUAGCGUUUUGUGAUGACCUGAGGUUGCGCACCGCGGACAUCGAAAUGCGAUUGCCGCACUAAAAUAAGGACGACUUCGUGACGAGAAGGAUAUCCUCCGACACUCACACACACACACUGAGAGCUGGGUACUCUAUUCUCUGAUAGAAGACUUUUAGGAUCGAAGACUGUAAUAAAAAAUUAUUAAAAAUGCUGGACAUUGAUAGAAUAGGUGUGCUAGUCAUGUGACCAUACGUUUAUCUGUGAUCAGAGCUCCAAUGACACUGGACUGUUUUAUUAAAUUUAUCAAUAGGUAUCAUAUUAUGUAUGUGAUCUGUAAUAUCAUCGUAUAAUUUUUUUUCUUUCGAAAUCGAGUUGUGGGAAUUGAUAAGAGAAUCUGCAAGAUCGAGUCCCGGACAAACGGAGAUGGACUGUAAGGAAUGUAAAUAAUAGAGUAAGAUUUGCCGCAUUUGCAAAUACUUAUUUUCAAGCUUAAAUCAUAAUCAUCAAACAUAAAAUCAAGCUUUCUAAGGUCAAAUGUAAACAUUUUUUUUCAAAUACUUUCUCUAUAUUCAUCAGAUUCUUGUUUCUAUGCUAGUAAUUUAUUUGAUGAUGAUAAUGAUUUAGGAUUGAAAAUAAAUGGUCGUUUUGAGGAAAAAACAGCUUCCGUUUAUACUAAGAAUUAAACAAACAGAAACACAUGGUAGAAAGUUGAUAAUUGAAAAUUAUAAAAAAAUACUCGUGUUGCAAACGUAUUAUGAUUUGCCCCUUUGAGACUGAUGUAAUUUUUAAUUAAUCUAAGCGUUAGAUAAAAUGAGAAAUGAAUUAGCUAAAGAAAAAAAAAACGACUAAAGUCUAAACUAAAACAAAAAAAUUGUAAUACUAGGCAUACAGAACAAUAGUUUCGAGUGCGAGUGGCGGCGAUCAGCGCGAAUUUUCUUUUGUAGUCCACGACCAAAAUUGCGAAUUUGCGAACUAGAUUUGUGGCUUGUGUUGCUUGGUUUUAUCGAUGAUUUUUUUUGCGGUGGCUUUCGGAGGAGAGUGGAAUGUGGAACAUCUGUUGGCUGUUGGCUGCGAGGUACCCUCUAACGUUGGCAAAACAGGGAAUUUAUUAAUCGUCUUUAUCAGUAAUAAUUAGUCAAAACGACAACCGAAUCAGUCCUAUCAAUUUAAAAACAACUUAAUCUUAAAAUUCAUGCUAGACACAAUUAAAAUUUGAUAUUGUAUUUAAUUAGGCCUAAGUCUAUUUGUUCGGAAGUUGUUUUAAAAAAUCUAUUAAAUUAUUUGUUAUAUGAAAGAAAUUGUGAAUAUGAGCGGAUCACAAGCAGUUGUUGGCGAUACGAUGAGACGAUUACAGAGUGUCGAAGAUGUAGUUAUUGAUAAGAGAAUGCGCUGGUAUGCAAUAUUGUACAUAUUGAUAGGAAUCGUACACGUAAGACACGCAAGAGUGAAACUAAUUUUUACUGAAUGAAUUACAUCACAUGCGGUCAGCGCGUAAUCAAAGACACGUGCACAACGCAUCAAUACUUAAUGAAUAAAGAGCUAUUAUUAUUUCUAUUUGCUAAAUGUGAAUUGUAAUGUUUGAUUUGCGAAAGUGUUAUGUAUGCGAGGAUUAUUUUACGCUUGUGCAUGUGUCUGCGAAUUCAUUUUGUACGAAGUCGUAGGCGGAAGCGUUGUGACAUAUAGACAAGGACUGUUGGAAUUGGGAUUGUUAGAGGACCUCCCGUGUGAUAUUACGCUCAAAAACAAAACAAAAACAGAAUGAAAAUGGCAUGCAAAAAGUCGGGUCGCUUCAGUUUGUUCAUGUAUAUUAUAUAUAGUCAAUAACAUAUAAGUGCGUUCAUUCAGAAUCGAUUUACCUUCUUUUGUUUUAAUUUAAUCGUGUUAUGUUCCAUUGUAAUCCCAAUAAUUAAAAGGCAUAUAUUUAAUGCAGCAGACGGAGCAAAUGCGAGGCAUUAACACUUUGCGACGAUGCAACACAAAGAGGCCAGGCGCGACAUCGAACUGCGUUUCGUUCAGAGUUGUUAUUUAGUCUAUUUUUAUUACGAAAAAAACACGAAAAAACUAAACAAAAACACGUACGAAUAGAAUCUAUCUUUAUCCCCGUUUUUAUUGCAGCAAGCUUUAUAUCUUUAAUCGAACUACACUGUGCCCAUUACUAAGUAAAAGUUAGAGUUACAAUGUAUUUAUAAAACUCGAAGCGAGAUUGUGAAGUCGAAGUCUUUUAACAAAUGCAUCUGCAAAUACAAACACAUGAUCUUCCUCAACUUUUGGAACAACUGACAACAAAUAUUUGCUUUGAUUUGUUAUCUCGAACACGGAUGUAUAAGAAGCAGGAGAUUAAAAUGUAUAUUUAAGUUGUGUUUAACUUUUUCCCGAAUUGUAACUAUUGUUUUGCUUCUCUGGGUUUUCUUGUUUUGAUUGGUUGUUCCAUGUAACUAAAGAAAUACAACAUCAGACAACAUAGACUCCCUCACAUUGAGCGGUACAGUUGACGAAUUUACAAACUUUCAGCAAAUAUUUUCGUUCCGAGAAAUAAUUGACACAAUCAAUUCUGUAAUGAAAUGCUAUGAGACUUGCAUUUAUGCUUCUGCCAAAAUACGAAAUGUUGCUGUCGUUUUUCUUUGUGGAAAUAUCGGAAAUUAAUACACACAUAUUGUAACCAUUUAUGCAAGAUGGCGAACGGAGGUGAUUAUUUUGUAUCUUUUGGAUGAACUGUAAAAUUUUGUAUACUCAUUCUGGCGCUAUGUUUUGAUUGGAAUCAUUUAGACGAAUCCAUCUAGCUAACUAACUGAUUGAAACAAGAUAAAAGCGGUGAAAUUCUAUGCGAACGGCUAGUGAUAUUUAUUUCCGAUAUUAUCGUUUUAUUUAAAGAAAGAAACAUAGAUAAGUUGCGUCGAUAUGAUUGUAUUAUAUAUUAUAGUAUCAUAUAAACAACAGGCUGUUUUACUGUAUACCUUUAUUUAAGUAAAUAUGCAAUAUGGCCAA